GGCAUCAGCCUCUGCGAGAAGGAGCGAGAAGAGCGCAAGGCGUUCAUGGAGGAGAAGAAAGCGGCUAAGCAAGGAGGAGCGGAUGGGGCUGGUAGUGUUAGAGAUCCAGGGGUAGGGGAAAGAAGCGGAAUCCCGCAAGAUAUCGCCCAGACGUUGGGUGACGAUGGGAGGCCAAGGUAG